AUGCGACCGCCACGACUCCUCAUCGUCCUCUUCUGCCUUAUCUUCUUUCCGAUCCUCCUCACCAUCUUAUCCGCGCUCACAUCCUCUGAUGUAGCAACCCCCAAUACGCUCGCUGGUCGAGCGACUGGGCUGCGUGCGCUAUUUGCUUUCAGUAUACCAUCGUCGCUCUUCCCGCCGUCGGCCGUUAUCAGCCUUACCGACGACAACUCAACUUUCUUCCUUGCUCGGCCUGCAGCAUUCGGUCCGCUUCUGCCAGCGAAAGGUCUCAGUGGACAGUUAUGGGUAGGCAGUGGCUUCGGUGAAGGUGGCCUAGCUGCCGGUGUGGAAGGGGAGCUAGGUUGCUCCGAUAUACCUGGUUGGGGUGAGGGCACCAAUCAAAAGAAACAAGAAAAAACCGCGAGGGGCGUGGAACAGAGUUCCGGAAUUUCCGGAGGUAAUACACUCAAUGACCCGUCGCAAAACCGCCCGCGGUCUGUGUCGCAGGCCGAUACUACACCGCCGAACGAUAGAGAUGAUACGAUACCCCCACUAUUGACGAACGAUGGCACCGAUGAUCAUCUGCAUCACCCGCUCCCCGAAUCGGGGAAUUCAAACCCUAGCAUGGGCCAAAAAUUUGGGGAAUACGUUCAAACCAAGCCAUCCGCGCAUGCCGACAUCCAAUCUUUACAGGAGACCGCAGAGAUCCAGGGCAAGGUGGUGCUCUUGAGUCGCGGUGGCUGCGGAUUUUUGGAAAAAGUCAAGUGGGCUCAACGGCGUGGAGGAGUUGGGUUGAUUGUUGGUGACGACACCCGAGGUGGAAACCUGGUCACCAUGUACGCACGAGGCGACACGUCCAAUGUGUCAAUUCCAGCACUGUUCACCUCUCACACUACCGCACACCUUCUGUCAUCACUGAUGCCUGGACAUACUGGAAGCUCAGCCAACUUGGGAGAUGUACUGGGAUCAUCUCAGGUGAAAGUGGCAGGUCAGAUUGACGUCGACAAAGAGCGAGACGCCACUAGCACGGCAGCAUCGGCUACUCAAAGUCCGACGGCGAGCGGCCAUUUGGCUAACAAAGAAAAACCUGUAGCUGCACCUCAUACCCACCGUGGAUUCUGGCAUGCCAUUGGUUCAUUAUUUGGACUGUGCGACAAAACCCGAGGCUCGAGUCAUUUGGAGGACAGCCGGCGCCCACCUAGCAGUGGAAAUAUUGACUGGAUCAACCUUGGCUCGUGGGAAGAUAAAGACCCUUCAUCGAAUGCCUGGAAAAGAUCGGCUGAAACCAAUCGCCGCGGUCGUGGCAAGGUUGACGCGACCUUUGACAGCCACCGGGCCGACAUGUCUCCUGAUAGCUUCGACGAGGAUGAGUUUGUUAUUGGAGUUCAGGACUGGAGAGACCCAGACCUGAUGCCCGCCAAAAGCAGCACUCCAACACCCAGCACCUCGGUGACGGGUAAGGAUUCCUCAAAGACUGCUGCCGCAGAUAAAGAAUCUGCCUCCUCGGCCAAUGCUUUGCAAGGGGGUAGUAUCACGCCCGGAAGUGGAGAAUAUCAGAGCGUUGAAAAAUCCAAUGCCAGCCCCCAUGACAAGAGUGCCAAGGGACUUGACAAGCAAUCCGAUGCGGCUCGUGGGAAGGCCAAGUCUUCCAACAAAAGUUGGCUUUUGGGAUCUUUUAGCUGGGGUGAGGAAACGCAGGAGUCACAGCCUUCUUCGGCACCGUCGCCUCAGAAGAACAUAGCUGCAGACCGGAAGGCACAGAAUAACAGCCCCUAUACGUCAAGCCGACCAAACACAGUGCCUUCCGAGCAUGAAGGACUCUGGGUCACAAUGACACCUACCAGCAUGUCGACCAGCCCGUUCUUUGAUACUCUCCUAGUCCUGGUUGUCAGCCCACUGCUUACACUAACGGUUGUGUACGCUCUGCUACUGCUCCGAUCCCGAAUCAGACGUCGCCGAUGGCGCGCACCAAAGUCGGUCAUUGAGCGUCUUCCUGUCAGGACCUAUCACACUAUCGCCAUUUCCUCCUCUUCUUCGUCCUCUAACUCCACGCGACCUCCUAGCCCUGGUCCCGUGUCGCCGACUUCCCCACUUCUCGGCAACGAGAUUCGAUCAACCGAUGCCCGCGCAAUCAGAACACGCUCACAGACUGUUUCUGGCACUGGGCUCACUUCUCCACCCCUACCCAAGGAAGAGAAGUGCAGUCUGCAGACUGGAUCUACCCUGUGGCGGCGCAAAUAUACAGGAAGACAGGUGGAGUGCGUUGUAUGUCUUGAGGAAUACAUCGAUGGCGAAAGCCGGGUCAUGAGCCUGCCAUGUGGCCAUGAGUUCCAUGCGGAAUGCAUUACCCCAUGGCUGACUACUCGCCGUCGUACCUGUCCUAUCUGCAAAGGCGAUGUUGUGCGUUCCAUGACUCAUGUCCAGUCCGGUGGCUCUGGAAGCCACCACCACGCACACAGCAGCGACGAUAUACAGACCCAAGAGGUCAUCUCGCGAGCCGGUGCUUCCUCGGCCCCAGUCCUCAUUGAAGGCGCCAAUGAGGAAUCUUCCGAUACUGAACAGACCGCGGGCCUACUCAAUGACCACCCUAGCUCUGCACCACAGUCAAGCUGGAGAAACUUAGCUACACUCAGCUUCUCGGCUCUCAGCGGCGACACCAUCUGGCACCAAGCCCGUGCGGAUCGUAAUCGCUAA